ACCUGUAUGUAAGACCGUGCACGAGGCCAACGAGUGGCGCCAUACGAAAAUUGUUCGCUCAACAUAACCUCCAUGUAAUUUCCGAAAUCGUUCCUUCAUUGACGAGACGGCACAUGAUUAUUUGAGCAUAUCCACCAGAAAAUCAUUUGUACGUGAUGGCUGCUCCGACGAAGAAGCGUGCGGUUGACUCUGACGAAAAUCACGUAUCACUCAAUGACGAUGACAUACAGGACAUGCUUCAAGUAGACUUUGAAGGCUUUAAUCCAAGCAACUCGGAUUAUCAUGGCAUUAAGAUUCUACUCCAGCAACUCUUCCUUAAGACACACAUCGACUUAGGCGAACUCACAAAUAUAAUAAUAUCUCAGGAUUAUAUAGGCUCUGUGAUUAAGCAGGCUGUGGAUAUAGAUAUGGAUGAAAGUAAUGACGACGACGACACUGUCAAUCAAGUAUUCGGUAUCACAACUGUUAUUGACAUCACCAAACAGAACGUUCCGUGUAUAGAGCAACUUAGAAAUCUAUUGAAGCAACUAGCAACCAAACACGCCGAAGAUUCCACUUGUAGGAUGAUAGAAAAUGUACUGGAGAACGAAGAGUUGGGUCUGAUCAUCAAUGAGAGAUUCGUUAACAUUCCAGCCAAGAUCUCAGUGCCAGUCAUAGGGAAUUUAAUUACCGAAAUAAAACGUGCCCAGAACAAAAAAAUGCCAUUUAACUUUUCGCACUACUUGCUUAUCUGUAAACUGCAUAAGCCACUGGAUAAAGAGUACAGGAUCACGGAAAGUAAGAGUGAAAAUACCGACGAGGAUUCUGUACUGUGGAGUAAUGUGGAAGAAGAAACCUUCGCGGAAGAAGCUAUUGCCAAGUUCCAAUUCUGUAUCUCUAAAGAAUCCGACACUGCUUUAUUUGGAAAAUGGGCUGAAACGGACUGCGAAAUGAUUCCCUACAGACAAGUGCUUCUUUUGGAAGCCUCGAAAUUGCAAACCGUGUUCGACACAAUAAAGGAGAAGUUUUCUUAAUUUCGUAAUUGGCAGAUUAACGUAAUUCCAUAAUAUCGAUAAAGCAUUAAUUUUCCUACGAGACUACUUUUUAAGAUACACAUUGUUACGAACGUUGCAAUAUGAAAGUGUGAAUUAAUUUAUAAUAAAGAUAAUUUCUUUUAAU